AUGCCUCUGGCGGUGGGCCCUUCGGCGCGGCUGCCGUGUGGACGGCGACCCGUCGACGGCGGCGCCCGCGCACCGGCGCAGCGACGGCCCAAGGCGCCACUUCCCGCUCGGGCCACGCCUGCGGCCCCGGCAGACGCGAGGCAGGGAUCGGAGCCGUCGACAGCAGACUUCUGCGGCGCAGAGGGUCGAGUGCUGGUUCGAGGCAACGGCGCGCAGAAUGGAUCUGGGAAUGGGAAAAAUUACCAUAUUCACACGUUUGGAUGCCAGAUGAACAUUGCAGAUUCUGAACGCAUGGCUGGAGUGCUUGAAGGGAUUGGCUAUCGGCAUGUGGAAGACCCAGAAAAUGCGCAUCUGCUCAUUUACAACACCUGCUCCAUAAGGGAAAAGGCUGAGAGCAAGGUGUACUCUGCACUGGGAAUGCAGGCCAAAAGGAAAAGAAGUAAAGAGAGUGACUUGAAGAUUGUCGUUGCUGGGUGCGUUGCUUCCCAGGAAGGACACCAGCUACUCAGACGAAUGCCAGAGGUCGAUCUGGUCAUGGGGCCCCAACACGCCAACAAGAUCGAGGAGCUCCUGGAGCGCGUGGACUUGGGGGCCCAAGUGGUGGCCACUGAGGAUGUGGACAUCAUGGAGGACAUCGCCCAGCCCCGACGGGGCUCAGACAUUACUGCCUGGGUGAAUGUCAUUUAUGGUUGCAACGAGCGCUGCACCUACUGUGUGGUGCCCAACACCAGGGGCAAGGAGCAGAGCCGCACGCCCGACGCCAUCAAGAAGGAGAUGACAGCCCUGGGGGCCGCAGGUUACAAGGAGGUGACACUCCUGGGCCAGAAUGUGGAUGCGUACGGCCGUGACUUACCUGGAAUGGCGUCCGAUGCCUCAGGUCGUCGGGCGUGGACGUUCACUGACUUGCUGCGGCACGUGCACGACGUGCCAGGCAUUGAGCGGAUACGCUUUGCGACUUCGCACCCCAGGUACUUCACGGAGCGCCUGAUCCAGGCCUGCGCCGAACUGCCCAAGAUGUGCGAAUUCUUCCACAUCCCCUUCCAGUGCGGCGACGACGACGUCCUGCGGGAGAUGCGGCGGGGCUACACGGCCGCCAGGUACGCCAACAUCAUCCACAACAUACGCCGCAGGAUGCCGGAUGCCUCCAUAAGCGGCGACGCCAUAGUGGGCUUCCCGGGCGAGACCGAGGAGCAGUUCAUGAGGACGGUGGACCUCGUGAAGAGGGUGGGGUUCGACCGUGUGAACACGGCCGCGUACUCCCCACGCCCAAACACCCCCGCAGCCUUUCGGCCGGAUCAGGUCGCCGACCUGAUCAAGAAGGAUCGUCUGAACCGCCUGAACGCCGUGGUGAACGAGGUGGCUGAGGCCCGGGCGCAGCGCUUUGCGGGCAGGGAGCUGGAGGUGCUCGUGGAGGGGGCCAACCCCAGGGAGGGCGGCCAGGCGAUGGGCCGUAGCAGGCACAACAAGGUGGUGUUCUUCGAGGGGGAUGGGGAGGCGCUCAAGGGGCGGCUGGUGGCUGUGCGGGUGGAGCGAGUGAGGGCGUACACUCUGUACGGGCGGUUGUUGGACGCUGGGGGGCCGUCUUUGUAG